CCGGUGCGGCUGCGGCCUCGCCUCUCUCGCGCCAAUGCAGUUCAGCCCGAAAUCGUGAAGGUGGACGCCCAUUAUCGCGAGGCGAGGGAGCCCGGCCUCCUGCUGGUGCUCUUCGUGCUGGUCCAAGCCAACCCGCCGGCUGACAUUACCUGGGUGGACCAGGACGGGCAGGUGACGGUCAACACCUCCAGCUUCCUGCUGCUGGAUGCCCAGGCCUACCCCUGGCUCGCCAACCACACCGUGAGGGUGCAGCUGCACGGCCCGCCCCGGAACGCCUCCCUCCAUGCCUCCAACGACCUGGGCGUUGCCAGCUCCUCUGUUCCGCCCCCGGGUAUCUUGGCCACACGGCUUGAACUGCCUCUCCUGGCCCUGGUGGGGGCAGCUGCUGUGGCUCUGGUGAUACUCCUGAGUUUUGGGGUGCUCAUCAGCUGGACUGUUUCCUGGAAGAUCAAGAGGUCAGCAGGAUGUGACCCAGCAACACGUAUCCCUUUGAGCAACGUCCUGCAGCCAAAGGAAACCCAUCUGCCACGGGCAAAAAGGUCCCUCCCUUCCAACCUGCAACUCAAUGAUCUCACACCAGAACCAAAAAGUAAGGAAAAUGGUGCUCCUGCAGAGCAAGAUGAAGAGGUCUUUUUGGAGCCAGAAAACCACCUGGCCCUUGCUGAGCAAGGCGUUGGCCGAUUUCUCACAGUUGGAUAUAUCUACAGAGCCCCUAGCACGAGUAGCGAUGAAAUCUGGCUCUGAACUCUGUCACCACAUCCACCUGCAGUGCAGAGCGGCAGAGGUGGUGGGGGGAAUGGGGCGAGGAGUGCCUCUGCUCUUAGUGGUGGAACAGGACUGCGAGGGUGCCCCUAGUGGCCAAGAACAAAGCGCCCCCAAUGGGGUCCUGGGAAGACGGGCUGCUCUUCACAGGGACGGUCAUUUUCAUCUUUUCCCCAUUCCCAGCAGAACAGGCACCCACCAGCUACCCCAUUUCUCCGUCCAACACGAGGAUCUUGUUCCUAACCCCAGCUUUGCUAUCACCGCUCAAGUCUCUGCUCUCUUAGCCAAGGACUGUAGCUUCACAGCUUCUAAGCUUAACGAAUAAACUGCUGCGAUUAAGGUGUUGCCCUUUCCUU